CCCUUCUUAUACUAUUCGGCAUAAAUCUUGAACAUUUCUAUUUUUGUGUUCAAGAUUGAAGAAAUAUCAUGGGAAGCCAUCUUAGCAAGAAGCAUGAUCAAGAAACUCAUCCAUCGUCGUCGUCAUCAUCAUCGUCAAUCUUUUCGAGGGAGCUGAACUCGUAUUCGGCUUCCUGCAGAGUCGACGCGGACCUGCAAGCGUUCGACACGUCUCUGCAGGCUCGGACGAGCAACGUGAUCAGCUCCCUCGCUGCGGGGAUGGAAGUCCGAGCUCUCUCAUUCGACUCGCUCCAACAGGUCACGGAAUGCCUCCUCGACAUGAAUCACGAGGUCGUGAAAGUCAUCCUCGACUGCAAGAAGGACAUCUGGAGGAACCAGGAGCUGUUCGACCUGGUCGAGGAGUUCUUCGACAACAGCCUCAGAACCCUCGACUUCUGCGCCGCGCUAGAGAAAUGCCUCAAGCGCGCCCGCGACAGCCAGCUCCUGGUCCUCCUAGCCCUCAACCUGUUCGAGGAAGAAGACAAAAAAAGUAACAACGACAGAGUCGGUUCAGCAUUUGGAAAUAAAUAUUCGAAAACACUAGAGGAACUGAAAAGCUUCAAAGAAGCGGGAGAUCCGUUUACCGACGAAUUCUACAAAAUGUUCCAAUCCGUACAGCAGCAGCAAAUGCAGAUGCUUCGGAAGCUGCAGAAAAAGAAGCAGAAAUUAGACAAGAAGCUCAAUUGCAUCAAGUCGUGGAGGAAAGUAUCGAGUGUGAUAUUCGCGGCGACGUUCGCGGCGGUGCUGAUAUGCUCGGUGGUGGCGGCGGCGAUAGCGGCGCCGCCGGUGGCUGCUGCGCUGGCGGCGGCGACGGCGUUGCCGGUGGGGUCGAUGGGGAAGUGGAUAGACUCGCUGAUGAAGGGGUACGAGGCGGCGGUGAAGGGGGAGAAGGAGAUGGUGAAUUGUAUGAAUGUGGGGACGUUUGUGACGAUCAAGGAUUUGGAGAGCAUUCGGGCGAUGAUCGAGCGGGUGGAGGUGGAGAUGGAGGCGAUGGUGGGGGCCGCUGAGAUGGCCGAGGGGGACGAGGAGGCGGUGAGGGUCGCGAUCGGGGAGAUUAGGAAGAAGGCGGAGGUGUUUAUGAGGAAGGUGGAGGAGUUGGGGGCGAUGGCGGAUGGCUGCAGCCGCGAUAUUAGGAAGGCGAGGACGGUUAUUCUGCAGAGGAUCAUCAAACCGCCGCAUUCUUCAGAAUCAUAAUCUUUAAAUUUAUAUUCGUUUGCCUACGUAUAAAAAAAAUUAAUUGUAGUCAAAAUUUAAAUUCAUUGUAUAUAUAUAUAUAUAUAUAUAUUAUACUUCAUAUAAGCAACUAUAUAGAAAGUUGGUGUUUGAUUUAGGAGUUGAACUACAGGAUUGAAUUAAUUUAUCUGUGUUAAUUAGUGUUAGUAGAAUAUUGUAUUGUAUUA